AGGCUGAUAGUGCAAAAUUCAGUUUGCACCGUGAACGGAAUAUGCUGCUUAUUUUACAGAGAGAAGCUGAUAAACCAUAAUACAAACUGAUUAAGAAAAAAGAUGGCAACAGAAAAGGAGAAAUAUGCCCUCUUAAAUGGUGAUUCUGAUUUAGAAGAUGAAUUAAAAAUCAACCCUGUGCUGAUUGAAAAUGAAAAGAAAAGGCCCAUAAAAAUAACAAAUUAUAAAUGUCAACAUCACUUGCUCUGCCUCACUGCCUUCAUAAUCCUACUCACUGUAGUCCAGGUAUUAUUCUCUAUCUGUGUAGUCAAAAUGUAUUGGAAGAUACAGGAGCUACAGGUGGGACAACAUGUACUGCAAGAAACAGGAAGGAGCAGCCGUCUUGAAUUGAUUGAGAUGAGUGCAGUGAAGAAGAAUGCCAGCGAACAAGAAGAUCUCCAACUGGAAUCAAAACUGAACUUAUGUCAACAGAAAAUCAUGCAUAUGGAUUCCAAAAUUGAAGAUAUUACACAGAAUAUGGAAUCAUUAGAGUCUGGUUAUGAAAAGAUGAAAAAUGACAUAGAGUUGAAUAACAGAGAUGCAUUGUAUGAAAAGGAAACUUCCAAAUUCUUUGACAUUGUUACUAAACUCAAUAGGACUACAUCCAUCGGUCUGAUUGCUUUUAUGCAAAAGCUACUUCAACUGCAAAGUACAAUUGAUCAUGUAACCAGCAGAGUCCACAACUUGGAAGAUUCCUUUGCUUCAAAAGUUCAGGAUGCCAACAAUACUAAGUUACAAAAUAUUGAGGAUGAGCUAUCCACCAUGUCAGCAAAUACUGAUUCACUUGAAUCCAAAAUGGCACAGGGCCUCAGCCAUGCAUCCAGCCAGAUCACCCAGCUUAUGCUUGACAUGACCCAUCUAAAAAAUGACCUUCAAAGUUAUAAAGACAAGCAGAGGAUGGAAGUUCUAGAAUCUGAGUUGAAGGGUCAAUCUGCUUUGAAGAGUCUAUAUGUAUUUCCCACAAAACCACACACAGAGGUUCCAAGAAAGAACAGUACUCUGAAAAUGCCUAUUUUAAUGAACACUACAGGCUUGCAAUUAUUGUUACACAAUGCUUACAAAAAUAAAGAUGCUUUAUUGUCCUAUGAAGAAGUAGUUAAUGCUCUGAAACACCACGCACCUAUUGAGGAGGAACUAAUGGAGUUUGAUACAAAUUCUGACAAAAAGUACUCACUGGCUGAGCUUAAAAAAGCAUUAGGAAUUUAAGGAUACUGAACUGGAAUGAAGUUGACCUUUGCUAUUUAAAUAAUAGAGGGUUUGCUAUAAUGCUGUAUAAAGUGCAUGAAGUGUCCUAAGGAACUGGCAUAUAUUGUAUUAAGUUUGCUUUUGGGGGGUGGAUAAGGCGUGUAUCUCUAAACACCUAUGGUUUGCAAAUUGAACUCUUUUGUUUGGGUCACAGAGGGGUGUUCAAUAUAAUCAUUCUACAAUGAAGUAAUGAUUUUUUAGAAGAUAACAGGCCAACAAACAUAUUUUUUAAGCGGUUAAAGUAUGUGCCUUUUAGUGUUUAUUUCUUAGCAGUGUGUUCCUAUGGAUUAAUUGCCAUUUUACAUUUUUGUCAGUUGAAUUUAAAAAAUACAAUAGAUAUGUGAUUUGUUUAAGGUGAAUGGUAAAUGUAUUUGGAUAUGCUUUUUAAAUGUUCAUUUAUAAAAAAUAAAUUGCCUUUUAUGGCUCACUUGA